AUGAAGUUAAAAUUUGUAGUAAACCUAAGAUUCCUAAGUUCGCUAUUGAUCUUACUUCUCUCCACCUCUGUAAAAUGUGAAUCCGUGGAGGACCAGCCAUCUCAUUCCGAUUCACUGUUCCCUUUACUAUCGUCUUAUCGCGAAGACUCAUUUCCAUUUCAUGAUACAUUCGGCUCUUCAUCACCACAUCAAACGAUUCAUUCAAAUCCGUUCGCGUUAAUGGACGAACUGUUGGAUUUUUCUAUGGAUGCCACCAAAGAGAUGUUCGAUUCGUUGAAUGACGAUCUAAGCAUGAUGGGCGAUGAUGAGGAAAAUUCUUCGAUCACCACUAUUGAAAUCACUAUCGUUGGAGGACCACCCGCGGAGCAAGAGGAAUCAAAUGACGACGACCUAGAGCAGUAUAUGGGGACAAAGAACGGAGCUCUAGAAAAUGAUGACGAACAAACGAUCACAACAAUACCAUUUCCUUCUUCAUUCGACAAACCCAUUUUAUGUGAUACUACUCAACAAGAAGACCCACUUCCGGACGAGAAAACUUCAUUCGUCGGGCCAAUGAGCGCAGUGCUUUUAGCAUUGGCAGCAUUAGCCGCGGUUACCCCUGUUGCCAUCAAAUUAUUAAAAUGCCGGAAAAAGAAAAAGAGUUACGAAUAUUUGAUAGUUCAUGCCAAUGAUGAAGAUCAGGUCACAGAUCUAGAGAGGGCGGUGCACGAUAAAAAGUAA